AUGCUAAAAGAUCUGCAAAAGCCCGCUCGACCACUUCCCAGCGACUCGCGGCCACGUGCGGGAAUGUACGAGCGCUAUCUGCACUGUAAAGGGAGGCUACAUCGCCCUACGCAAUGUGAUGGCAGACGAGCAGAACGUGGUUACCCGGCAUUCUUGACUCGGAAUUUGUGGGAUGGUAUCCUGACUACUAGGAGUAUGCGCAGAUUAUGUGGCCGGACCUUUGGAGGCACUGGCCUGUGUGGAUGGCGAAGACAGCACCACAGCGGUGGGAUCUUGAAGGAAUCAUUGCUUCAAGAAAGGUUUUGUUUUGAGUUGAUAGGGGAGUACUACACGCUAGUUGAAAACAUUCAGCAUGUACUGUCAAAGCCAUAA